AUGAAACUUUCGUCAGCUGGUUUUAGUCCUCCAUCCCAGGAAGGAGAAAAGCGAGUUCUAGAUUCAGAACUUUGGCAUGCUUGUGCUGGUCCACUUAUUUCUUUACCAGCUGUUGGAAGCCGAGUAGUUUACUUUCCACAAGGUCACAGCGAACAGGUUGCUGUGUCUACCAACAGGGAAGUGGAUGGCCAUAUACCCAACUAUCCAAGCUUACCACCACAGCUUAUUUGUCAACUUCAUAAUGUGACUAUGCAUGCAGAUACCGAGACAGAUGAAGUAUAUGCCCAGAUGACUUUGCAACCUCUGAGUCCUCAAGAGCAGAAGGAGGCAUACCUUCCAGCAGAGUUGGGCACUCCAAGUAAACAGCCAACAAACUACUUUUGCAAAAUUCUGACAGCCAGUGACACUAGCACUCAUGGAGGAUUUUCUGUUCCUCGUAGGGCAGCUGAAAAAGUUUUUCCUCCAUUGGACUUUUCCCAACAACCUCCUGCUCAAGAGUUAAUUGCAAGGGAUUUGCAUGGAAAUGAAUGGAAAUUCAGACAUAUCUUCCGAGGUCAGCCCAAAAGGCAUCUACUUACAACUGGAUGGAGUGUUUUUGUGAGUGCUAAAAGACUUGUUGCUGGUGAUUCAGUUCUGUUUAUCUGGAAUGAAAAGAAUCAAUUGCUUCUCGGCAUUCGGCGGGCUAAUCGUCCUCAACCUGUAAUGCCUUCAUCAGUACUGUCAAGUGAUAGCAUGCACUUGGGGCUUCUUGCUGCUGCAGCUCAUGCAGCUGCUACUAAUAGUCGCUUCACCAUCUUUUAUAACCCACGAGCUAGCCCAUCAGAAUUUGUCAUACCUUUAGCAAAGUAUGUAAAAGCGGUGUAUCAUACUCGAGUUUCAGUUGGUAUGCGCUUCAGGAUGCUGUUUGAAACAGAGGAAUCUAGUGUUCGGCGAUACAUGGGCACAAUAACAGGCAUAAGUGACUUGGAUGUCCGGUGGCCAAAUUCCCAUUGGCGUUCAGUCAAGGUUGGCUGGGAUGAAUCCACAGCAGGAGAGAGGCAACCUCGGGUGUCUUUAUGGGAAAUUGAACCAUUAACAACAUUUCCAAUGUAUCCAUCUCCAUUCCCCCUUAGGCUCAAGAGACCAUGGCCUCCUGGACUGCCUUCAUUCCAUGCAGGCUUGAAGGAUGAUGAUUUUGGUAUAAAUUCUUCACUAAUGUGGCUUCGAGACACAGACAGAGGUCUUCCAUCUCUUAAUUUUCCGGGGAUUGGUGUUAGUCCUUGGAUGCAGCCAAGGCUUGAUCCUUCAAUGGUGAAUUAUCCAACAGAUGUGUACCAAGCUGUGGCUGCCGCUGCACUUCAGGAUAUGUGGACUUCAGAUCCUUCCAAACAGCAUCCUACUUCCGUACUUCAAUAUCAGCAACCACAGAACUUCCCGAGCCGGUCAUCUCCCUUAAUGCAGACUCAAAUCUUGCAGCAGUCUUAUUCAAAUAGUCAAGAAAUACCACAUCCAUCUCAAUCUCAGGCUCAAACUCAAACACAUUUUCAGCAGCAUCUACAGCAUCAGCACUCAUUCAAUAAUCAGAAUCAGCACCAUCUUCUGCAGCAACAGCCACAACAAACACAACAGCCACAACAAACACAACAGCAACAACCGCAACUACAGCAACAACAGGUGGUAGAUCAUCAGCAGAUUUCAAGUGCUGUCUCUACAAUGUCUCAGUUUGUUUCAGCAUCUCAAUCUCAAUCGCCACCCAUGCAAGCUAUCUCUUCACUGCACCAUCAGCAAAGUAUUUCUGAUUCAAACGGGAACCCUGCAACUAAUUCUAUUGUUUCUCCCCUGCAUAGUAUAUUGGGUUCAUUUGCCCAGGAUGAAACAUCUCACCUUCUCAAUCUUCCUAGGGCCUCUUGGGUUCCUGUUCAACCUUCAACUGCAUGGCCACCCUCCAAGCGUGUUGCAGUUGAUCCUCUCCUUUCUUCUGGGGCAUCACAAUGUGUUCUGCCUCAAGUGGAGCAGUUAGGGCAACCACAAAGUACUAUAGCACAAAAUGCUAUUACAUUGCCACCGUUUCCUGGUAGGGAGUGUGCUAUAGAAGGAAGCUCCGAUCCUCAAAAUCAUCUUUUGUUUGGUGUUAAUAUAGAUCCCUCAUCACUGCUAAUGCAUAAUGGGUUGUCAAGCCUCAAGGGAAUCAGCAGCAACAGUGGCCCACCGACUAUACAAUUUCAAUCAUCUAAUUAUCUCAACACCACAGGCCCUGAUUCUUCAACGAAUCCUGGAAUCACACACAAUAUUGGUGAAUCAGGCUUCCUGCAAACUCCAGAAAAUGGAGGGCAAGGAAACCCACCGAAAAAAACCUUUGUGAAGGUUUACAAGUCAGGGUACAUCGGAAGAUCAUUGGAUAUCACAAAAUGCACCAGCUACCAUGAGCUACGUCGUGAGCUUGCUCGCAUGUUUGGCCUUGAAGGUGAGUUGGAGGACCCUGUGAGAUCAGGCUGGCAGCUUGUAUUCGUUGACCAAGAGAAUGAUGUUCUUCUCCUCGGUGAUGGCCCAUGGCCGGAAUUUGUAAAUAGUGUAGGGUGCAUCAAGAUACUCUCCCCUCAGGAAGUGCAGCAAAUGGGUAACAAUGGCCUUGAGCUUCUUAACUCAGUCCCAAUUCAGAGGCUUUCCAGUGGCGUGUGUGAGGACUAUGCAGGCCAUGAGGACCCAAGAAGUAUAAGCACUGGGAUAACAACUGUGGGGUCUUUGAACUACUGA